AUGCCCCUGGGACUUCUGGGAAAGAAGAAAGCUAAAGCCAAGGAGGAUGCCCGACUUGUGGAGGGCCAGCAGCCAGGGACGGGCGGCAAGAGCUCCCCGGAGCAGGUUCCCAGACACAGGCUGGUUUUCUACACGCAGCUUGCGCACGGCAGUGCCACCGGCAGAAUAGAGGAUUUCUCUAGUAUCCGGGAGCUCUACGCCAAGAUCGCGGCCGUCUUUGCGAUCUCGCCGUCGGAGAUUUUGUACUGUACUUUAAACACACCAAAAGUUGACAUGGAAAAACUCUUAGGAGUACAAAUCGGUCUUGAAGAUUUCAUUUUUGCCCAUGUGAAAGGAAUAAAAAAAGAAGUGAAUGUAUAUAAAUCUGAGGAUUCACUUGGUCUUACCAUUACAGACAAUGGUGUUGGAUUUGCUUUUAUCAAGAGAAUCAAAGAUGGUAGCAUUAUAGACUCAGUUAAAACAAUCUGUGUGGGAGAUCAUAUUGAGUCUAUAAAUGGAGAAAAUAUCGUUGGAUGGCGUCAUUAUGAUGUUGCUAAGAAGCUAAGAGAAUUAAAAAAAGAAGAACUAUUUACUUUGAAGUUAAUAGAACCUAAGAAGACAUUUGAAAUCGAACCCAGGUCAAAACCUGGAAAUUCAUCAGCAGGAAAAAUUGGUACUGGAAGGGAGACACUUCGACUGAGAUCAAAAGGUCCUGCCACCGUGGAAGAAUUGCCAUCUGAAACUGAAACAAAGGCAAUUAAAAAGAUUGAUGACUUGCUUGAAUUGUACUUGGGAAUCCGAGACACUGAUUUAGCUACCACAAUGUUUGAAACUGGAAAGGAUAAAGUUAAUCCAAAUGAAUUUGCCAUGGCACUUGAUGAAACUCUUGGAGACUUUGCAUUCCCAGAUGAAUUUAUCUUCGAUGUUUGGGGAGCUAUUGGUGAUGCCAAACAAGGACGAUUAUGA